GCUUUUUAUUUCCACGAAGGAACACUUGGAUGAUGGCGAUGGCGGUGGCGGUGGGAGGAGCGGCGAGCUGAGAAGCUGAUCCUCGGAAUGUAGUGAGCUGCGGGGGGUCGAUUCUAGCUCGAUGGGCGGUAAUGAGCAGGAUAGGACUGAUGCCGUGUACAAGACGAAGAUUGUGAAUUUCUUGGGCCGCCCCGUGCCUAUCAUCCUCCAAAACGAUAACGGUCCUUGCCCUCUCAUCGCUAUCUGUAACGUUCUUCUCUUGAGAAACAACGUGACACUUCACAAGGAUUCUCCUGACAUCUCACUACAAAGUCUACUGAUUUUGGUAGCCGAGAGACUGCUCGAUUCGAAUAGCAACAACCAGGACAAGGACGAGAACUAUGUCCAGAACCAGCAGCAGAACAUUUCGGAUGCCAUCUCGUUGCUUCCUCGGCUUGCCACUGGAAUUGAUGUUAAUGUUCGGUUUAGAAAUAUUCAUGAUUUUGAGUUCACCCCAGAGUGCGCGAUAUUUGAUCUUCUAGACAUUGGCCUUGUCCAUGGCUGGCUUUGUGAUCCUCAGGAUGAGACCACAAGCAGAGCAGUGGGAUCAAACUCUUACAACGUCCUCGUUGAAAAGCUUGUCGCAUUGCACGCUGGAAAGCCUGCUGUGGAGGAGGAGCCGACUGUCGAUUUUGCCGCUGCAACCACUGCUAGCUUAGGAGUGCCUUCCCCAGGUCUCUGCUCGAGAACGUCCUUUGAGGGCUUGCAGUUUCUGGAUUUCACGGACCAAAAGCAGGAAGCCCCGGAGACGCUUGAUACGUCAUUGGAGACAGAAACAGAGGGUUCAAAUGAAGCGGAGGAAACCCGAAAGAGGAAAGGUGAUGAGGAGGAAGCCGCUCAGUUGCUCGACGCUCUCAACCUGUCCAGAGUGGACGUCCCAAGCACGCAGCUUGUAGAUACGGAAAAUGGAGCUUCGAGUCCAAAGAAGAACCCGGUGGAAACGGAAGCAGGCCUCAAGGAGUGGCCCAGUAUGACAGUAUGGGUGCCUGAAAAGGAUGGUGGCAGUGGUACAGAGUCACUGGUAACGGUGGCGGAGGACAGUGAGUGGCAGACCAAAAUCGAUCGCGACACAACGGAGAGCUCGCAGCUCAGUAGCUCGUCAGAUUUCGAGUGUGUAGAAGUAGACGAUUGUAGGACUGCUGAUUCUUCGAACCUCAGCGGAGAAGCAGAAAAGAUGGAAUCCGCGACAGCUGACAGCAUCGCUGAGGAUGCUGGUCGUGAGAAUGAAGGACGGAUUGAAAUCGAUGAGCCGCUUUACGAGGGUGAAACAACAUAUCAGUCAUUUGAAGGUGACUUCGAGAACCGGGAGCUUUUAUACGAAGGGGAAGCGGUUAUAGCUGAUUCGGAGCCGGGAUCCAGUGGAUCUGAUUUGAGAACUUCAGAAGCGCUGGCUAUUGAGAAUUUUUUGAGCAGCCACGCAAGUCAACUCACAUACUACGGUCUCUUUAGUUUGCAGGAAGGGCUGAAAGAAAGAGAGCUGUGUGUUUUUUUCCGCAAUAAUCACUUCAGUGCGAUGUUUAAGUACGAGGGAGAUCUCUUUCUGCUUGUGACAGAUCAAGGCUACCUCAACGAACCCGAUGUCGUGUGGGAAAAACUUACCGAGGUGGACGGUGACUCUGUCUUUUUCACCGGCAACUUCACGUUGUUUAAGGCGGACGAUCGGAACACGAGUUCCUGGAAUGAGCGUGACGCAGUCGCUGCCACAGCUGAUUACAUCUCUCAAAUGGGAAAGCCAGUCCCGGCACCGCAAACUUCCAUUGAUCCAAGCUACAACUCGGAUUUGGAGCUAGCCAUGGCACUGCAGCAACAAGAAUUCGACCAGCAGCAAAACCAGCAAAACCAGCAACCGCAGCAACCGCAGCAACAGCAGCAGCAGCAGCAGUCCCCUCGAAAGCCAUCCAAUUCUCCGCGAAAGGGACACAGACAAUCCAGCGGGAUCACUCCUGGAAGGCUAGUCACGGGACCGAGCAGUGCCAGUCCGCCACCCAAGUCAUCGGACUCGAAACCCAAGGAUAAAUGCAAAUUGAUGUGAAAUACAAAGGAUGGUAAUAAUAUACAUAAUUUUUUUCUUCCCA